UUUUAAGAUUAUUUUUCAUUUUGAGUUCCCAAAACCCUAACGCUUUUGUUCCCUCUCUCUGUCUCAUACAUGACUACUGACUAAACUCCAAAGCAAGCGAGCGAGACACAGAGCAAGGGAACCACUAGGGUUUUAGGCCAUCACCAUAGCCAGCGAGCGAGAGAGAGCUAGGGUUUCUGUCCGAGGCUGCAAAUAUGGGGGCCGACAAGGGAAAGAAGCUGAAGGUAGCGGAGAAACUCGAGGAAAAAGACUCGGAGAGCAUCGUUGAGAAGCUCUUCGUCUCAGUCGAGAAGCUGCAGGAAAUCCAAGACGAGCUUGAGACGAUCAAUGAGGAGGCCAGUGAUAAAGUCCUGGAAGUGGAGCAGAAGUUCAAUGAGAUACGCAGGCCUGUAUAUGACAAGCGGACUGAAAUUAUCAAAUCCAUUCCCGACUUCUGGUUAACUGCUUUUUUGAGUCAUCCUGCUCUAGGUGAUCUUUUGACUGAAGAGGAUCAAAAGAUAUUCAAGCAUCUAAGUUCUCUUGAAGUGGAAGACUUCAAAGAUGUUAAAUCGGGUUACUCUAUCACAUUGCACUUUAACCUAAACCCUUACUUUGAAGAUACAAAGCUUACAAAGACUUUCACUUAUGCUGAUGACGAUGGAACGACAAAAAUUACUGCUACAUCAAUAAAGUGGAAAGAGGGCAUGGGCAUACCAAAUGGGGUCAACCAUGAGAAGAAAGGGAACAAGCGGCCUGCUAGCGACGAAAGCUUUUUUAGCUGGUUUACAGAUACUCAAGAAAAAGAUCACUCGGACAUUCAUGAUGAGAUCGCAGAAAUCAUCAAGGAGGAUUUAUGGCCGAAUCCACUCACUUACUUCAAUAAUGAUGCAGAUGAAGAAGACUUUGACGAGGAAGGGACUGUUGAAGAGGGGAAGGAUGGUGAUGACUCUGAAGAGGAUGAGGAUGACCAAGAAGAUGAUGACGAUGAAGAUGGUGGUGAGGAGGAUGGCAAGUAAGUCCCUCCAUCUGGGUACUCACUUAUGGCUUUCACUACUAUGGUGAUGGCUUAUGUAAGGUGAGUAGUCUCUGAAGUAUCCGGUGAUAGUGGAGGAUGACCAAGGUAACUCUUAUAAUAGGUCUCAUAUAUUGUAGGCAUUUGAUUGCCACCACGGCCAGUCUUAGCUCUCUGACUGUUCUUUCUUUUUGCUUUAAGGUCAUUUCUUGUGUUUUUUUUUUUUUUUUUGUUGGUGGGUUCUGGCCUCCCUAAUUGCUGGCUCCUUGACGAUGAUGGACUGCUACAUUUUAUGGUUAACUUAAUGAGGAGAGUAAAACCACAGUACUUGAUGUAAAGCUGUUCUGGUGUUUCUACACUGCACAGAUUAUACCCAAAGUUUGGGUUAUUUAUUAGCAUUUUCUGGAUGGUAA